AUGCGUUGCGGACACGAAGCCGUCGUCUCUGCUGCGCCGUUCUUGGCGUUACCAGAUUCCCGGGAUACGCUAAGCAGGGAUGAUUUCUGGGUCCUUACCAUUCGGACUCUGCAUCAAGAAAACUUGCUCGGCAAGGAGGUAACUGUUAUGUAUUGGAUAGAUGUGUACGUAUAG